UUUAAUAAUUGGGCAGGAGGAGGUGCAUCGGCACGUGGUGGGGACUGCACUUCCUGAGAGGCCCCGCUGUGGCCAUGCCUCUCUUUGGUGGAAACCCAGGCUUUAUCAAGAGCUGGAGGGACCAACUGCCAGAUCUCACUGGGGACAAGCAGCCAUGGGACUGAGGACCACCAAGUGCCAGCUGCUGGUGACCAGCCUCUGUGUCAUGCUGCUGGGGUUGUCCAUUGCCAUACUGAGCACAGUCACCCACUACGGGCUCCAUUUCACCCUCAUCAGCAACAUCUCCCUGGAGAGCAACUCCUACAGGGUCAUCCACUAUGCAGCUUUCUACUUUGGGAUCUGCCUCAGCAUGACCCUGAUCCUCGCAGCCCUGCUGAGCUCUGCCGCCACGGUGCGGGAAUCGCAGUGCCUCACUGCCAUGGGAUUUUUCUGUUUUGCUCUGGCCUUCUACGGAUUGAUCCCAGCUGCCUGCUGGAGAUACAUGCACAGCACAGAGGUGGAAGACAGCAUGAUGGAUGUGUAUGAUUUUGUGUACGAGGAAGUGAGGAGGAAUGCCUCCAACUUCAGGAGGCACGAGCUGACUGCCAUCCACGAAGCAUUCCUGUGCUGUGGGAAGCACUCUCCAUUUGGGGACACGACCAACGUCGAGCGCACGACAUGCCCACCUGGCGAGGUGCGCGACACGGGACAGGACUGCCUGCAAAAGAUCCAGGACUUCCUGAAGAAGCACACAGACUUUGUCUCCACACUCCUGGGCAUCACCAUCAGCUUCAUGGUUUAUGGGAUGAUCCUGACUUCAUUCCUUUGGUUCUCCAUCCACUUCAGCAGCAACCUGGAUCGGAAAGGCAAAUACAUCCUGCGAGAGAGGUAGAAACCCACUGCCCGGGCAUCCCUACCAGGUAGAGCCAGCUCUUGGCACAGGAAGAUGUCUGAAGUCACUCAUCAAAUCCCCCGGGAAGGCGUUGCAUGGGGUCAGGCAGUGGGACGUGUGUCACGCUUGUCCCCUUCCUGCACUACUAGCUGUUAUGCAUUUCCGAGCUGAUCAGAGCGGACGACGCUCUACAGAAGAGCAGUCCCACACCUUUGCCGAAAACGGACAAGGACAGAGAUAUGCACCUGGACUUGGAGAUGCAGAUUGCCUCGCCGGGGGACCUAUGGGCUGUAGCUCCACAAGCAUGACACAAAGAGCCCCUUAGGACAAAAAUGGAGAGAAAAGCCCAGCAAAAAUCACAGCAUUAAACCAGACUUCUUUUGCACUGUCAUCCGAGCAGUUCCCUGUGACCCGCAAAGAUGCAAUGUUUCUAGGAAGAUGGCUUUGGAUCACAGCCCAGGACCGAUCUUGUGCUAUCAGCAAAUACCUGGACACAAAGUGUGUCAUUGCUGAUGGGAAACGUGCUCUCCUAGCCUGGACACUUGUAAUGAUUGACUUUGGGCACGUUUCUGAUCAUGCUCAAGUAUGUAGGCAUCCAACAAUCAUUGACUAGUUGCCCCCGUUUUCAAAUAUUACCGGAUUUACAGAGCUUUUGGUAGAGAUCAGGCAAAAAAAUCACAAAGUAGGGCAUGAGCUUUGAAACAAAUGACCAGCAUAAGGACAUAUCCCUCUGGUAUUCCUCCUUGCUAAUGCAAUAUGCCAUUAUUUUUUAAUUCUUAGGAUUUAGUCAACCUCCUAGAGCUUGAUGCCACGCUGAUUUCACAGGGGCUUGUUCAACUUCCAGCCUUAUCUCUGUGUUUAUCUAGCUUCAUGAACUCACCAUGCUGUUGUGCAAUACAGAAGGACUUUGACAUUACACAUACACACAGGACCAAAGCUUAAAUCUAUAAGAGAACGGGACUAAUCUCCAGCCAAGUCAAACAAUACAAUGUCCAACCCCACAUCCUCUUUACAUCACCUUUUCAAUAAUAAACAGAAAUUUAAAAAGCCUCAAUCACAUGGAGAAAUCGGCACUCAAAUGAUGGCUCCCUGAUGUGCUUUGCCCUUGUUGCGAGGGGGCAGAGCCACUUCUGAGCUGAAACCUAGCAUUGCACUAGAUUUAGCACCUGCUGUAGACUAUAUGGCUGUGUGAAAUGUCUGUUGAACCAACAGCAGCUUUCACCCUCUCCUUCAUUGUGGCUUUUAGCCAAGAAAAACAGUAAGUAGGAAUUGUUUAUAGAGAUUAAACGUGGAAACCCCCAUGCUGAUGUUCAGGACAGGUCCUGGCCCUCAGGCAGGGGCUGCUACACGUACAAGAACAGCAGUACUGACUACAGCACCUGUUUAGCAUUUUAACGUGGCUGCAAAUGUCUUGCGUUGGAAAGAAUUGUGUUGGGGGGGGGAAAGGGCUAUCGCUCCUCAUCCUGCUCCCUUGGAACCAAUGGGGCUUCACCAUUGACUUCACUGGAAGCAGGAUCAAGUUCAAACUGCUCCAGAGUACCUCCUGGCAGUCACCAACACACCUCUGUCUUGCAGGGAUUUAGUGGUGAUAUGCACUUGCCAACAUAUCCGCUUUCUAGCAGUGGGGAAAGAUUCACUUGUGUGUGUGUGUGUGUAUAUAUGUACACACUACUAAGUAUCUCGCUUUCUGGAGAGACACAAUCUCCCUUGUGAGCUCCAGCUCCUAUUGUCCAGGCCACUGCUAUUGUUAUUCCUCAGGCCAGCUGAUGUGACUCAUGGUUGCUUCAAUAAAGACAAAUUUCUU